AAACCGUCUACCUCAAAGUAUCGCAAGUCGAUCACGGUACUUUCCCUGCCUCACUUCGCACAUAUCACCAUACGUAGUAGAUAAAGACGGAAAACAACUAAUAGUGGUGAUAAUACCUCCAGAUAAAAUUAAUUUUAGUCCGGAAGAUUUACAUAUAAGUGGCAACGACUUGACAGCUCUGAUCAUUUGCUCUUCGACUUUUAUUCGCGGUGGUUAACCUCCGAUUUUCACGAAUUUUUCCAAUUUUCUCGAGUGCUAGAAAAUGCGUGUCGCUAUCAUUGGUGCCGGUGCCGCUGGUUUGGCCUCCGCAAGACGUGUGAGUGCCCUAGGGAUCGACUGCGAGGUCCUGGAGAUGGCACCCCAGUUGGGGGGGACAUGGGUCUACACUGACGAAGUCGGGGAGGACCGGUAUGGGUUCCCUGUCUACUCUGCUAUGUACAAGGGCCUAAGAACCAACUUACCCAAAGAGGUGAUGGGCUAUCCCGACUUCCCCAUACCAGAGCAGAACAGGUCGUACUUAACUCAGGCCGAAAUUUUGGAGUUUUUGAACCUGUAUGCCGACCACUUCAAAAUAAGGAAAUUAAUCAAGUUCAACCGCAUGGUGGCUGAAAUAACCCCGCUGGAAGACAAGUGGCAAAUCAAGUCCAUCGACAAACCCACCAAGCAACCAAUCGUGGAAACCUACGACGCCGUGAUGAUCUGCAACGGCCACUACAACGACCCCAUCAUGCCCCAGAUCCCCGGACAGGAAGUCUUCAAAGGAACCAUCGCCCACAGCCACCAGUACCGCUCGCCCGAGCCCUUCAAAAACCAACGAGUGCUCGUGGUGGGUGCCGGCCCCUCAGGCCUAGACCUAGCCCUCCAAAUCUCCUCCAACGCCAAGUACGUGGUACUUAGCCACCACACCAAAGAAGCCGUCAACACCAAGUACCCGGCUAACGUAUCCAAGAAACCCGAUGUUCUCCGCGUUAAGGACGACGAAGAGCUGGAAUUCGUCGACGGUUCUUGUUGUCGCUUCGACACGAUACUCUACUGCACCGGUUACAGAUACAACUUCCCUUUCCUGCACGAAUCGUGCGGAGUAACCGUUGAUGAGAACCAUAUUCAACCUCUGUACAAGCAUAUGAUACAUAUAGAAAGACCGAGUAUGUGCUUCAUUGGAAUACCGUUCAACGUGUGUGCGUUCCAGAUGUUCGAUCUUCAGGCCCGUUUCUUCUGUCAGUACCUCAACGGGUCAAUGCCGCUGCCUUCCAAGGAUAUGAUGCGGAUGGACACGGACAACGAUAUGCAGAACCGCUGGGCUAAGGGAUACACCAAGAGACAAGCACACAUGAUGGGUCCCGACCAACAAGGUUACUAUGAAGAUUUGGCUUCAGCGGCUAAUACUACUCCCAUUGCUCCAGUGAUUGUCAAGCUGAGGGAUCAAAGUGUGAAGAGGUUAUACGAUGAUCUUCUCAAUUUCAGGGAGGACAGAUAUAAGAUUGUCAAUAAUGAAACGUUCGUCAAAGUUCAUUGAAAGGGGUGGUUCUUUGUUGGGAGGACAAGUGAUGCGCCGAUGUAGCGCCUGGUAGUUCUACUUACGAACUAAGGCUUUGAUAGCCGUUUGCGGUGUGAGUAAAGACUAAAAGAUUGAAACCGUUUCGAAGGUGAAAAUAAUAUGUAUUAAUUUUUAUUUAUUAGUGCUUACGUUUAUAGAAAACACUAUUUUGAUAGUCUAUUUAAGGCAAAUGCUUUUAUAGUAUUUAGGUGAAUAAAAUGGUAAUAUAA